AUGGCCACCAUUUUUGGCAGAAUUAUGCUCUUUGUCGCCGUCCUAUUCCCCACUACCAAAGCUUUCACUAUCAAUGGUCUUCCAGCUGUUGUAACAUCAGGUCAAGUUGAAAUACUUACAUGGACCCGAGAACUGAAUGAUCCAACGAACUUUCAGCUCGCAAAGUCCGAGGCUGGAAAGGUAGCGUUGGGAAUGAUCGGCUCUCCAGUGACAGCGAGCGCAGAGGAUCCCCGAGGUACCCUACCAAUUACCUUUUUAGAAGCUCCAAAUCAAUUGACUAUCGCUGCCUACGACCUCAAUCAUGUUCAACUUGAUGUUCUCGUGGACCCUACCAAAACGAAACCAACCCCCUUCUUUGCCGACACAGUCCAUCCAAUAAAUGUUCAGUUGACGCCUCCUCCUCUUCAGGAACUAACUCCGACGUCUGCUACACCUUCACCAACCAUCACACAAGCCACUCUACAAGGGACGGCUAGUACUGCUUCUCAGACGAAUGAGACCCCAAUAACAACAUUAAACUCAAGUCAGGUACCCACAGUCUCUGCAAGCGUCAGGAUCAAUUCGUUAUCAAUGGCAUCCGGCGGCACUGUUACGGGGAAACCGGGAGCAGGUACUGGCCAACCUGGAUCUUCAGGUUCAUCUCAGUCGGGAAUGUUCGGAAACCUAGGAUACAAUUCCACGGUCGCUUCCGCUACAGAUACAUCAGGAAAAGCCCAAAAUGCGAAUUCGCACAAAUCAGUAAUAAUUUGUACCAAUUUACACCAAGGCGUCAAAUUUGCGACCGUUAGUGACUUUCUCCGAAUUUUGCUAUUUCCACAUCCCCCCAACGAAUUUUGA